AUGGAGCGAAUGAGACGGCUCCAGUGGGCCUUGGCAACAGCCAGUUUCGCAAACAGCUCGCUGGGGAGACGGUCAUUAGAUGUGUUGACAAUGAUCUUUGACCACUGGAAGCAACAUAAGGAUCCCGAGCCAGGAGUACGUUCGCCUAACGAUGAUUGGCCCAAAGUCGACGAGCGACACGUUCCAUGCCUGAGACUUCUUCGAACGUGCCGAUAUUUAUAUUACACGCUGAAGGACGACAUCUUGGGCAAGGCUGUGAUCUACUUCCGUACCCCAGACACGAUUCCGUCAUUCCGUUUCAGCCAGGAACUAGCUCCGAUGACUCUUCCGCGUCCAAACUAUCUCCACACCGUCAUUCUCGACAUUCGCGACAACGCCAACUGGCCGCUCAAGACGGAGGUGAGAGGCGUCACCACAUCGUUGCCAACCAACCCAGUGGAGUGGGAGGCGAGAAUCAAGAGAUUCGCACCAGACUCGCCUGGGAACAACACACUUGGUCGCUUCAUGGCCCGAGGCAAUAAAGGACUGAUGACAGCAGACUGGGGCCAUGCGAUCGGCCGACUUCUGACGCAGUUUGCUGUCAAGAAUCUGAUCGUUCGCGGGAAUAGAGGAUUUGUAACUGCCUUGGCCGCCGGUGGACCCAUCGUCCGAAACUUAGUUGAAGCUCGGGGGUGUGUUGAGAAUGUCACCGAACUUGGACUCUGGCCAGCACGAGCGCAAGGAGCCCUUACGCGCGGAAUGACCCUUGCUCAACCUACCAUGGCCAACUCGAAAGCUUUUCAAGUACAGGCGAGACCCCAUAUUUGUCCUAAUUGCCUGAGAGAGAAGUGCUUCCGAAGUCUAACAAGCGCCGAGUUGAAGAUAAAAGGUGCCAACUGCCCUGCGUGUCAGACACCGACAUCAAUCAUCGUUCCAGCCCAUCCUUCGAUAGGAAAUCAACACGUCUAG